AAACCUUUAUUUUUGAAACGCUCUUUUGAAGAUGGAACCGUAACCGCUUCAAUCGUAUAAAUACUAAACGAUAUCGAAAGUUACCACUUUUCUCUCUCUCUCUCGCUUUCGAUCACUCCCGCCGAUACAAUCCUCCGGCGACUCAAAACCAAUCCACGGGUUUCGUUUCGUGAUGUCUGGGCGAGAUAGGAUCAGCGGAUUGCCGGAAUCUCUGUUAACUCACAUACUCUCACAUCUUCCGACAAAACAAUCGGUCCAGACAAGUGUUUUGUCUAAGAGAUGGGAGAAUGUGUAUUUAAGCGUACCCGGUCUUGACUUAGACUGCUCUGUUCUUCCUAAUUAUGAUGCUGAUGAAGUGCUCUUAAGCUUCUUAACCUUCAUUGACAAGCUUCUCGAGUUUAGCCCUGAGCUAAGUCUGUUUAAAGUGAAGAUUAAGUGCAGGAACACGAUGAUAGACGGGUUCACGGACCGGAUCGGUACAAUGAUUGACCGGGGGACACAGCAUCUAGAUGUUGUGAGCAGUACAGAUUAUUAUGAGGACACUCUUAGUGAUCUCUUACCUGUUGUUGACUUCAUGCCUAUGAAUCUCCUCACGAGCAAGACAUUGGUUUACUUAAAGCUCUCCUCUUCUGGUCUUAUGGAUCCUGGUUUUGUGUCCAUGCCUUGUCUCAGAUUCUUGCAUCUUGAAGAAGUUAAAUGGCUUGUGCAUCUGGAGAAGCUUGUGUCGGGAUGUCCUGUGCUUGAGGAGCUGACUUUGGUGAGGGAUCUGGAUGAUGAGUAUUCACGUCGGCAUGAGGAGUUUACGGCUAUGCGGGUGAGGUCUCGGAGCUUGAAGAAGUUUCGUGUGCCGCUUAAGCACAGAUGGGAUUGCAGUUCGGAAGUGAGAUGCACACUUGAGAUUGAUGCUCCAGGGCUAGAGCAUAUGAGUCUAGGAGAAGAUCAGUUUGAUAGCGUCGUGGUAAAGAAACUGUCUUGUUUGUUGGAGGUUGAGCUUGAUAUCAAGUUUGUUGUCAACUUUGGCGAGUUUUUUGAUCCGUCGGAUGCAUCAAAGAGAACUGAAAUCCGCGGGUUUCUCAAUGGGAUAUCGAGUGUAAGACAUAUGAUCAUCUCUGCCAAAACAGUGAAGGCCCUUGAUCUUUACUCAAAAGAAGGAAUGAUUCCUAAAUUCAACAACUUAUCCCGUUUAGAAGCAGUGUUCCAUGGCAAGUUAUUGCAGUUUAUGCCAGCCUUGCUUGAGUGUUGCCCCAAUCUCAAACACCUAGUCUUGAAGGUUCUUCAUUCAGAGGAGAUGGAGGAGGGAUUGGAACUCACAGAUGUGCCGCGGUGUGUGUCAUCGACUCUAGAGUGUGUUGAGAUACAAGAACAACUUGAAUUGGAGGAAGGGAAGAUGAAAGCAACAAGUUACUUUCUUGGAAACUCAGCAAUACUCAAGAAACUCAUCCUGAGCCCCACAGCUUAUGAUCCUCGAUAUGUUGUGGAAUCAGAAAUAGUCGACAAGGUUAAUAAACUCACAAAACGUUCUACAGGAUGUGAAAUUAUCAUUCGAGCCAUGGAGGAGGUCGUUAUCAUUUGAUGAGUCUUCUUCUUAGUUCUGGUUGGAUUCAUUUUGACCAUUGGUGCUGAUACAAGUUCUUCAUAUUCAGUAAUGACUCUGCAUGCAAUCCUCUUUUCCUUUUUUUUUCAAAAGUCCUAACCUCAGUUUGUUGGAUGUCUUUUUUUUCUCAUAAAUUUCAGUUUGGUUACUCUUGGUUUUA